AUGUCUUCCGCAACCACAGUCACCAAGACCAACAUCGGUGUUUACACUAACCCCAAGCAUGACCUCUGGAUCGCUGACACCCAUCCCACUGUCGAAGAUGUCAAUGCGGGCAAGGGUCUAAAGGCUGGAGAGGUCACAGUCGAGGUGCGCAGCACCGGUAUCUGCGGAUCCGAUGUCCACUUCUGGCACGCAGGUUGCAUCGGCCCCAUGAUUGUCACCGGUGACCACGUUCUCGGCCACGAGUCUGCUGGUCAGGUUCUCGCUGUCGCUCCCGAUGUCACCCACCUCAAGGUUGGCGACCGCGUUGCUAUCGAGCCCAACGUUAUCUGUAACGCCUGCGAGCCCUGUCUGACCGGUCGCUACAACGGUUGCGAGAAUGUCGCUUUCCUGUCCACUCCUCCCGUUGAUGGUCUGCUCCGCCGCUAUGUCAACCACCCUGCUAUUUGGUGCCACAAGAUCGGUGAUAUGGCCUAUGAGGAUGGUGCCCUUCUCGAGCCCCUCAGUGUGACCCUGGCGGCUAUCGAGCGCAGCGGUUUGCGCCUCGGUGACCCUCUGAUGAUCACUGGUGCCGGUCCCAUUGGUUUGAUCUCUCUACUUAGCGCACAGGCUGCCGGUGCUUGCCCCAUUGUCAUUACCGAUAUUGACGAGGGUCGUCUGGCCUUCGCCAAGUCUCUCGUUCCCAGCGUGCGCACAUACAAGGUGGAGAUUGGGAAGUCGGCUGAGCAGUGUGCUGACGGUAUCAUCAACGCCCUGAACGAUGGCAAAGGCUCUGGCCCCGAUGCCCUGCGCCCCAAGCUGGCCCUGGAGUGCACUGGUGUCGAGAGCAGUGUCAACUCCGCCAUCUGGAGUGUCAAGUUUGGCGGCAAGGUCUUUGUCAUUGGUGUCGGCAAGAACGAGAUGACCAUUCCCUUCAUGCGUCUCAGCACCCAGGAAAUCGACCUCCAGUACCAGUACCGCUACAGCAACACCUGGCCCCGGGCUAUUCGCCUGGUCCAGAACGGUGUCAUUGACCUGAACAAGCUCGUCACUCACCGUUUCUCGAUUGAGAAUGCCCUCAAAGCCUUUGAGACUGCUGCGAACCCCAAGACUGGUGCUAUCAAGGUGCAGAUUAUGAGCUCAGAGGAGGAUGUCACAGCGGCGACUGCUGGCCAGAAGGUUUAA